CGGCUGUUGAAAAUAUUUAUCUAUUAUAAUAGAUGUGUAGAAUUGUCAGGGUUGGAAGUGAAUAUCGAUUUUCAAAAACAACAAAGCUUUAUCGUCCUUGAUAAACUUUUAUACUUUGAUAAUAAUAAUCCGUGUUCUAAUAGGUUUGCAACCAAUCACCGGAACAUUCAAUAAUAACAUCAAGUUUUAUGUUCUUGUGUAGAAAAGUUCAUUUUCACGAUGCAUUUAAAACACGAAUGAAAAACAUUAUUACAGAUACCAUUUCACUUAUAUGAUCAGAGAACGUCAAUUUACUGUCAAAUAUAACCCCUAGAUCUUUGAAUGUCUGGCAUCUCUCUAGAUUGGUGUUAUCAAUGUAGUAAGUAAACAGGAUAGGAUUAAGCUUGCGAAUAAAGCUCAAAAUUUUACAUGUCGCUAUGUUUAUAUUAAGUUUGUUGAAACGCACCAUUUACUCAACCUAUUCAGGAUAACUUUACAAGUUAUAGAGGGGUCGAGGAUUCGUGGGUAGACAGACGGACCGCCGGAGAAGAGUAAUGUGGUUUUUCGUGAUGUAUCAUCCAAAAAACAUACACCAUUUUCAAAAUUUUUCGCAAUUACAAUACUUCAUUACCAAUUGUAAAUCUCCUCCUAAAUGCCUUCUCGACUCAGAUUGGCGACUUAUAUUGCUACCAUCAAAAAACCGACAAUAAUACACACCUUUGAGGAUCAUGCCAUAUACCCAGCCUCAUAAACUUUCUUCACAAAACACAUAUGAGCAGAAUGUUUGCAGAUCCUGCAUCGAGGAUAUUGAUAUCAACCAGCAGAUGGCCACGUUUGGUUUCUGUGGCAGGAACAUGCUUGACAUGCGCGGGACUUCUGUUCCUUUGGAUGGGCAUGGCAGGAUACGGAGAGAGUUCGUUGUACACAUUAGCAGGUCUACUUUCUGGCGAAUCCCGAUGACGAAGAAGACAUAUUUUCGAAGAACUCGAGAGAACUACAAAUUAAACGUCAAGACAACGGAUCCACAGUUACUAUUGAACGUCACGAAAUUCCAUCAACUUCUAAUGACACCACAAAUAACUCAGACUCUGUCAACAAAUCUACCAAAAAUUGGGGUGACAUUUGAGGACGUAGCCAAUGAAAAUGCCAUACCAAAGCGCGAAUGGGAAACUUUCGAUGACACAGAACAAGUAAAACCAAAAGAAAAUUGGGAAAAUUCGAGGAUGCAGAUGAAGAUACCAAUGAAGGAAAAGAUAGGAUCGGCACCUUCAAAAUAA